AUUAAUUGUUUUUCAAAAUCAGAGCUGAUAUUGAAAUUAUGCUCGAACUCGCUUGGGAAAGCGGUAACCAUACGGACAUUUGCCGUUGUAGAGUAAAUCCUUUUACUGUACUAAGUUAUUUAAUGUUAAUGAUAAACGCUGUUGCCAAGUCUUUCGGGACUGAAAAGCAUAACAGAAAGAUGUUUCCAGUUAUUUUCUAUUUUUAUUUUUUUUUGGUCUUUAAACAGUUCUUAUGAAUAUCGUACUAAGUAGAGACUUUCCAUCCAUUUGAUUAAGCUUAUUUACAAACUGCCCUCUGAAAAAUUAGCUCAACAAUUGGCAUAAAAUUUCAUUUGUUUCAGUUACACAACUGGUUCCUGUCUAUCAAUCACUAUCGCUUUCUUUGAAGCUGCAAGUCGUCUAUGACAAUAGCAAUGAAGCGGCCCGAAUUCAAAGAAAAAUUUGUUGAGCUAUCAGAAGAGAUUUUCAAGGACAGUUCCAUCUUACCCAUCACAGAUUCAUUUUGGGACGACUACUUCCUCUUACCAGUUAACACCAAAUGCUUAACGCGUUUAAUAUUAGAUCAAACUGAAGAAAGUCUCUUGAAUUUGAAAAAAAAUUUGAGCACACUUUUUGUAAUGUGCCUGAAUAAACUAGAUCUACAGCAGCAGCAAAGCAAUGAGGAUCUACAGCAGCAACAGCCAUCGAACUCCAAUGAAAUAGUUCGCCAGCGAAAUGCUAUCACCAUAUUAACCGUAUUGUUCCGUAGUUUAUUCUUGAAGAAGCGUCUAAAUCAUUUCAACCUACUGUCCAUCUUGACAAAAGAGCAGAUUGAUGACGCACAUGUCUUAUUUAAGCGUUUGUUAAAGGCUGUAGAAAGUUUACUUUUGUUCAAUAAUAACGCAUUGAGAUCCAAAACUUUGCAGUUGACCUUGAUUUUGGUCUGUGGUAAUGAUAAUGUGAAUGAAAACGGUUUGAAUGGCUACUUCAUGAGCAGUGAUAUUUUCAGUACACUAGUCAAUAUAAUAAAUGAAGAAAAUCAGCUCAAUGAGAAUGAUUUUCAGGAUAUUGCAAUGCUUUUGGGUAUCCUGUCAAAUUACAACAGAUACGAAACAAAGAAUAUCUACUUGUCAAAGAUCAGAACGUUACAAAAUUUAAAUGUAUUCAAGAACAUUAUGUAUAUGUACACGAAAACCCUACACAGCCUUACCGAUCGAUACAUCAAUGUGAAUAAUGAGAAUGAGACGAUUUCAACUUCAAUUAUAUCCUUUAUGUCAAAAUGGUUUGGUUCCUCUAAAGAUUUGUCAUCAAAAAAAGAAGACUCUUUCGUUUCCUCACCAACCGAUGAAAAGUCCGAGUUGUUUGCUGGAUUACCCUCUGCACAAGCAGCACUGCUAUUGCCUUUUUACGAUUUUCUAAAUAAUCCAAACUUCAUUAAAAUAAUGGUUGAUACAUGUACUCAAACUGAUUUGAAAGUAACAGACGAUAAUGAACAACAGAAAGUAACCAUCAUCACCUCAUUACUAUCAUUCUCAUCCUAUUUAUUCCAAAACAAUCGUACAGAAAGAGCCAACAUUUACUCCAGAUUACUGCUCAUCAUUUUACUGAUAAUAACAACAGAAAGUGAUGUUAUGGAUUAUUUUGCCAAAGAAAGAUCAGCAACAUCUAUUAGAUUAUGCCGACAACGCCCGCCUCUAUUGCCUUCUACUACAUCAAAAAUACAAUCUCUAUUUUGCGCCGUUCUAGAUACGAUGUUAUUGUUCAUCAGGCAUAACAUUAAGAAUAAGCUAGACUUGGUUUCCUACAGAUAUGCAUUUUCGGUCAUUUACAAAGUACUUUGCUAUUUAAAUAAGCAUAAUCUUAGACUGGAUUAUCACUGGGUAGAACUGUGGACUACGCUCACGUCUAUCGUACAGUUUACUGCAUCACAUUUGGAUGAAUUAAAAAAUAGAGGAGAGUGUAGUCUCUAUCUUCUCUCGGUAUGUAGUAUCAAACCAAUCUCAAUUCAAAAUAUGUUUUACUGCAGCUCGCAAUUUUACUUACGACAAUUCGAUGAAUCUGUUAUCAAGUUUAUCAGCGUGUUUAAUAUAUGUCUUACAUAUGGCGAAACGUUCUUAUCAGAUACUAAAAGUUACGAUCGGCUUUACUAUGAAGUGAUUAGAUCAACCAAUUUCUUCGUCUCGAUCGCUGAAUACGUUAAUUACGAAAAAUCAGUAGAAAAAGAAAGAGGACCAAUGACGAUCACAGCGAAUGAAUUUUAUAAUAUACAGUUGAUUUGUAACCACUUCAAGCCUGCCAUCGAUAAAUGGCAAGCAAAGAAAAACAUCAAAUAUCCCACGCCUGAGCAAGUGAUGUCUGUUAUCAAUGAAAAUUACGCUACAUUGGAACUUAAGCGUACAGACAAAGUCGACUCUUAUAUUAUGUUCAAAGAGAUACCAAACGAAAUGGGUUUUUUCAGGUAUCUACUAAGAAUUGCAGUCGUGGAUUAUAUGAAUUUUUAUACAGCAAGUAUAUCAGUAAUGUAGAGACCUUUUCAAUGACCUUUUCUGGAGGAACAACAACUAUCAUCCU